GUUUACCGCGUUAUAAUUGAACCAUAAUGUAAACCAGCACAGCAGGGCCCGUAUACGACAGGCGAAAAGUAGCAGACGAUUCUUGCAGAAAUCGCCGAAUUUCUUUAUUUAUCUACGAUGUAAGAAUGCUUCAGAAACUUGAACAGGCGUUUUUAGGUGAACUUGGAGUGUAGUUGAGUCCAGUACAGUCUGUUGGCUCCCCUGUUGACGAGAAAUGUCUGAAAAUUGGGAGCUCCAAGAACUUAAUGAAUGACUACAAUCAAACACUACUGACCAAUGGAAAUGUCAUAUCAGGAAGGAGCUCCGCCCAAAAACAGUGAGGCAGCCAAUCAAGCGAGCAGUGGCCCCUCUACCACAGAAGGAAGCUACAAGCCUCUGAUUGACGGCUCGGAGGGAACGUAUCAAACCAAAUCCAGGAAAGAGUCUGAGUACAAUGCGCCAGCAGCGUCCAACACAUGGUGGUGGCAACACCCUGAUGUCCGACAGAAUUGGAAGGCCGUGGUUGGCUCAAUAGUUAUGCUUAUAGUUGGCGUUUUACUUGUUGCUGCAGGGAUUGUCUUUGAAGCUAUAAGCCAUGAGCACGUGGCGUGUGCCAUAUUUAUCAUCAUUGGGUUUCUGUUCUUUGUUCCUGGUUUGUACCACACGGGAUACAUCUACUUUGCAGCAAAAGGCCUCCGCGGCUUUGAGAUGAACCAGCUCUCUAUCUUCAACAUGUCAAGAUGAAAGAAGAGGAAAGAUCUGGUAAAAUAAUUCAACUUCUUCGUGGACGCUGUAAUGCUGAAGGAAUCUUGAGGCUAGACACUUUUCUUUUGUCAACUUUGUAACCCUCUGUCCUUUACUAAGGCUGCAUUCAAAUUACUCGGCUUGCAACUACACAUACAUCUAUGGAAGCGGCUAAAUCAACUUCCCAUAGACGCGUGUGUUACUGUCAGCCAUAGCCCAUUACAUGUCUUUCAGAAAUGCGGCCUAUGGGUUUUGUGCGCAAACAAGAGAGCCCGGCUAAUGGGACACGCCGCGCGCAUAGUGCGAAACACGUUCGACUAAUUUUAUUCUGAACGUGUACAAACUUCACACCAUAGCAUCUUCGCGUGAGCAUCAGGCGUUGUUGGCAAUGUGGUCGAAUGUCUCUCCCUUUUCUUACCAUUGAGGAGAUACUUGUGCACGGAGCCCAUUAUUUAUCCUAAAUCCUAAAAAUUCCAACACUGUGAAGUAUCCAAACUAGCACAUUCUUUGUAGUUUGGGCAUCCAAGCCCCAGACAGAGUUAUAGAACCUUGAAUCUGCAGUCCUGUUUCUAUCAAAAUCUUAAAACAUCUCUAUAUAGAUUUUGAUUGGUUACCUUAA